AAGUUUAAAGCCUUUUGCAGCAAACACUAAUAGCAGUAAGAUCUGAAUCCACAGCAGACCUCUGUACCUACCAUUUGCUUAUCACUUGCUCACCACUCAAGACAAAGUCAGACACACUCAGAAGCUGGUGUGCCCAUUCUUCAUAGUUUUCCCCUUUUCAGUUAUAACUAUUGUUUUUUUUUUUCCUGCAUUGCUAACUUUUUCGUGGUGUUUUAAUUUUAUUCGGCUAUACAGCAGCAACUUUAUAUAUCCAUAGCCUUGUUCAUUCGUUAUACCUAAUAGUUAAUAUCCAUUUACAACUCGGUCAUUAUCAUGAGAAAAGAAUUGAAAUAUAUUAUAUGGGGCCACGUCGCUCUUAUACUUUACUUAGCCUACUUAUCAUUUGAUUUGAUAACCUUGCUUCACGAUGAUUCCUUCAGUGAUGCCUUGCUAGACGUUGAACUCAACCCCUCUGACGGCAAGAUCGACCGUCCGGCAAUAAUACCCAAGAUCAUCCAUCAGACAUACAAGACCAGCGAUAUACCGGAGAUUUGGAAGUCAGGUCAGCAAGCAUGUGUCUCGUUGCACCAGGACUACCAGUACAUAUUAUGGACUGAUGCUAAGGCCCGACAAUUCAUUAGUGAAGAGUUUCCGUGGUUUUUGAAAACCUGGGAUUCAUAUCCAUAUCCUAUCCAACGUGCUGACGCUAUUAGAUACUUCGCAUUGGUUCAUUAUGGUGGGAUUUAUAUUGAUUUGGACGAUGGAUGUGAACGGAAAUUGGAUCCACUCUUAACCGUGCCAGCAUUUGUUCGUAAGACUGUCCCUACGGGUAUAUCGAACGAUGUUAUGGGAUCGGUUCCUAACCAUCCAUUUUUCUUGAAAGUUUUGGAGUCAUUAAAGACAUACCAACGCAACUGGUUGGUGCCUUACAUUACGAUUAUGUUCUCUACUGGACCGUUGUUUUUGUCGGUGAUGUGGAAACAGUAUAAACGUUGGGGUGUGCCUGAAGCGGGGAAAGUUCGUAUUCUUAUGCCACAAGAUUACAAGGCAUCCCCUUAUUCAUUCUUUGCGAUUGCGCCUGGUUCAUCAUGGCAUAUGGAUGAUGCCAAGUUUGUCAAGGGAUUAGCCAACCAUCUCGUUCUUGCUGUCGUUGGGGGGUUCUUGAUUGCGUUUUUGAUUUUCUACUUGGAGUAUUUAUUUUAUUGCUGGGUUAUUUCUCCUACUUUUAAGAAGAUGAUGGGGAAGAUUACCGGUGGGGCAUGCUUUGUCAUGAAUGCGGUAUUACGAGUGUUGAAAUUGGAUAAAUUUAUUGAAUCUUGGACCAGCUACGAACCGGUUGUUGAAGAGACCGCUAACAACAACAACAAGAAGAAGAAGGUUGAUCUAAUUGGAUUGUUGUCUUACAACCACAGCAUCAAGCGUAGAUCAAGAAAGGAUUCUAAUUUACCUAUUGAGCUCGGAGUAUUGGAGAAACUCGCCGAUAAAGAUACCAUCGUUGUUGAUAGUGCUGGCGAAUCAGGACAAUCUCAAACUCGACCCACCAGCGACUACAGCAACACUAACACUGAUAAUGAAAGUAAUGACACAGAAACGUAUGUCUUCAAGAAUAACGAUAAUUUAGUUUAGAGAACGGGCUUUUAUUUCGAUAUUAAUAUUUAAUAGUAACUUUAAUUAAUUUCCUACCUAUCGGCACUUGCUUCGAGUAGUUUGAAGUUUUCUGUUUUGUAGCGCAACUCUUCGUGUUCUUUGAUUUUAGUUUUGAUCAAGUCGGUCAAUUGGUCAAUGGUUUUCAUUGAUUUGAAUGUGAGUUCCAAGAACUGUUGGGCGCUUAUAGGUAAUCCUCCGUUUUUACUCAAUUGUAUCAAUUCACGGUUCUUGUUUAAAGUUAUCACGAGCGAUCCGUCUCGAUUUAACUCUUCUAACAAAUCGGCAUCAAGCAAGCAAAUCUCGUCAGCGUCCUCGCCUUUAAUAUUCAGUUCUUUAUCAGUGAGAUUAUAGAAUGAGUAGGUUAAACAGAUGGGAAUAUGCAAGAUCGACAACGGUACUGGCUGUCUUUCGUUUAUGUCAUGCACGACAAUGGAGUUCCCAUUGAUUGAAAUAUCGGGUUUUUUAAAAUGGUGCAAGGCCAACAUUACGGCAAAACACCCCACAUCGAUAAAGUUCCCAUCGUAGUUUAAGUAGUUCAAGUCGACGGUGAUUUCCCAUACUUUCUCGCCGGCGAUGAUACAGAGACUUUCCAAGUCAAGCGAAUUGCUUCUCCUGACUGCCUUCUCAAUGAUUCGCGCAAUCAAAAUUUCUUCAUUGGAUCGCGAGGUGUCGAAUCUCAUCAGGGCCAUAGUGGAAAUCUCGCUGUUGAUGGUGAAUAUCCCUUCAAAGGGGCGAUCUUCGUACGGAGUGGUGACGGUAGCCGUUACUCGACAGGCGAGCUUAGUUUUGCCCCAUGAUACUUCGACGUAGCCGUACUCCGUGGGGGACAAGUAGAGGGAUAUGUCACGGACGUGGUCGAAUGGCCGGUCAGUUAGUCUGAAUCCGUGUUUUAGGGAUUCGAGGAGGAACUUCCUCUGAUUUUCUGAUAUUUCUAUGGAACGGGACAUGGUUGUGCACAGGUUUGACUGUAAUGUGAUGAGAUUGAAAUUUGCAAACUUGAUCUUCCAUUAGGUGCAACACCAUCACUAGAUCUUCUUCUAUAAAAUUUUGACUCGUUUCUCUACUGCUCUGAGAUACACAUGGAUUUGGAGACUUCUGAUAGUGAAGGAGAAGAAGAUGAUGAAGAGGAAGAAGGCGAGAUAGUAUCCACAGAAUUGAAUUUAGCUUCAAAGGUUUGUUCUUCUCUAUCAUUUUCUGUUUCUUCCAAUCUUC